AAGUUCGUCUCCAUAACAUCCUGCCGCCGCCUUACGCUGCGAACUCGUGCGCAGCCCUCUUCCUCGUCGCCGUAUCCUCCGCCCAAAACACCGGAUCGGAGGUCGAUGCCCGGGAACCUGAUCGCCUUGAUCGACCAGUGACUCCGGGUUUAGCACUUGUUCCACAAGGAAAAGCUAUUUGUAGCCGAAAAAGACGAAGCAGUGAAGAUAAAAGAAUAAGCUUGCUGAAUAACUAUCUUGCUUUGUUUCUCCCUGCAUUUGUGCCGAUGACGACCAUCCGCCGGUUCUGCUGCAACGAUUUACUUCGUUUCGCAUCUGUAAAUCUUGACCACCUAACAGAAACCUUCAACAUGUCGUUCUACAUGACAUACCUGGCACGGUGGCCCGAUUACUUUCACGUUGCAGAGGGCCCCGGUAAUCAUAUCAUGGGAUACAUUAUGGGUAAGGUUGAAGGACAAGGUGAAUCGUGGCACGGCCAUGUAACUGCAGUUACUGUUUCUUCUGAGUACCGUAGACAAAAACUAGCCAAGAAACUUAUGCACUUGUUGGAGGAUAUCAGCGACAAGAUCGAUAAAGCAUACUUUGUGGAUCUUUUUGUAAGGGCAUCCAACAUGCCAGCCAUGAAAAUGUAUGAAAAGCUUGGAUAUGUGAUAUACCGAAGAGUACUACGCUACUAUUCCGGGGAAGAAGAUGGGUUGGAUAUGCGGAAGGCAUUAUCUCGUGAUGUUGAUAAGAAGUCUAUUAUACCCCUGAAGCGGCCCAUCACUCCGGAUGAACUUGAAUAUGAUUAGAUUGCUUUUGUAAGUCCUGCAACUGAUUAGGUGAUUAUGCGCAAAUUGUUGGUAUCUUUUAGUGUUAAGCAAAACAUCAAUUAGAUGUCUUGGAUGAUAAUAUUUAUGUGAAAACUGUUGUGUUGAUCAGAUAGCAUUGGAUUAUGCUAUUCCUACAAAGGACACCUUGGCUAUGUGGAUGUUAAGGACGCUGGUUUGGGACAGUCAGAGAACAAAUUUGUUGAAUUUUGUUGAAAUAUACAUCAUAUUUCAUUUA